AUGAAUGGUUUUCUUUUAAUUCUUUUCAUCCUUGUGGAGAAAGAGUGGAAAAGUUUGAAGGUGGAAGGAAGAGGAGAUUAUCUUUUAAAAGAAAAGUUUAGGCAUCUAAAGGAUAAACUUAGAAGGUGGAAUAAGGAGGUGUUUGGGAAGUAUGAUUUAGAGAUGGAGGAGGGAGUUCGGGACAUUAAUGUUGCCGAUGAGAGGUUGGAAUCCGAUUCUAAUUUUUCGCUUUCCGAGAAUCUUGAGUUUAGGAAGGAAACUUGUAGAAAAUUUUGGAGGAAUUUGAGGAUUAAAGAAAAUAUGAUUUUACAAAAGUCUAGAGUGAGAUGGAUUAAUGAGGGAGACUCGAACAUUGGCUUUUUUCACAAGGUGAUGAAGCAAAGAAGAAGACAUAAUCAUAUUGGUCUGAUUCUUAAUUCGGGGGAGGGGGUGGAGUCUGUGGAGAAAGUUAGGGAGGCGGUGUGGAUUCACUUUAGGAACAAAUUCGUUGAAACAGAAGAGGUUAGACCUUUGUUAGACGAUGUUCCUAUUAAAUCUAUUGGUUGGGAGGAGGCGUGUGCCCUUGAGAAACCUUUUUUAGAGAAUGAAAAUAAGGAGGCAGUUUGGGAGUGUGGUGGGGAGAAAAGUCCGGGUCGAUUUUCGUUUUGGGGUGUAUGUAUAAAGUGGUGGCUAAGCUUUUUCGCGUGGAAAUUAAAACAUGUUUUGAAUUCAAUCAUUUCUCCUUGUCAAAGUGCGUUUGUUCCCGGUAGACAAUUGUUAGAUAAGGAGUUAGUGGAAAAUGAAGUGGUGGACUAUGCUAGAAAAGAAGGUAGUAAUUGUAUUCUUUUUAAAGUUGAUUUUGAAAAGGCGUAUGAUAAAGUGCUUGUUAAUGGUAGUCCUACUAAGGAGUUUGUUGUCUCUAAAGGGUUGAGGCAAGGCGAUCCUCUUUCUCCUUUUCUUUAUGUUUUGGUUGCGGAAGGUCUUACGGAUCUUGUCAAACAAUCUAUAGAAGUUGGGGAAUUUCAAAGAUUUUCUAUUAAAGGGGCUACUUGGGUGGACAUUCUUCAAUUUGCGGAUGAUACUUUAAUAGUGGGUGAUGGAUGUUGGAAACAUGUUUGGACGAUGAAUGAGGUGCUUAGGGCUUUUAAACUUGUUUCGGGUCUUGGUAUCAAUUUUCACAAAAGUAAAUUGAUAGGCAUUAAUUCUAACAUUCAUUUUUUGGAAGCGGCGUCUCAAUUUCUUUCGUGUAGGAUGGAAGAGAGAAACUUCUAUUUUCUUGGUAUUCCCAUUAGUUUCAAUCCUAGGAAGGAAGCUAUGUGGAAUCCUCUUUUUGCAAAGAUGAAGAAUCGUUUGGAGGGGUGGACUAAUCGCUUCUUGAAUUUGGGAGGUAGGAUUACUCUUUUAAAGUCCGUGCUUAGUUCGUUGGAUAUUUUCAGUAUUCCUUUUUACAAAAUGCCGUUGAAAGUGGCGAAAAAGUUUACUUGCAUCCAAAGUUUUUAUGGUGGGGGGUGGAGGAAAAGAAGAAACUUCAUUGGAUAA